ACAACAGUUCUCAGAUGAUCACGUGAUCGAAGAUCGACUUCUUCGUUUGUGGCCACGAGGUUUUGUGGUGAAAAUCAAGUUUACCGGGUGGAUAAGGCCCUCUAUUUUUGUAUUUAUACAAAAAUGUCCUCCAGCAAUCCUUUGCCACCCAAAGAAAAUGCCUUGUUUAAGCGAAUUUUGAGAUGUUACGAACACAAACAAUACAAAAAUGGGUUAAAGUUUGCAAAGCAAAUCUUAUCCAAUCCAAAGUUCAGCGAACAUGGAGAAACUUUGGCGAUGAAAGGUCUUACGUUGAACUGCUUAGGUCGCAAAGAAGAAGCAUACGAUCAUGUUAGACGAGGUCUCAGGAACAGUUUGCAAUCACAUGUAUGCUGGCAUGUUUAUGGAUUGUUACAGCGUUCCGACAAGAAAUACGAUGAGGCUAUCAAGUGUUACAGAAACGCUCUUAAAUGGGAUAAGGACAACAUACAGAUUCUUAGAGAUUUAUCGUUACUUCAAAUUCAAAUGAGGGAUUUAGAAGGAUAUAGAGAUACUAGAUAUCAAUUGUUUAUGUUGCGUCCAACACAGCGUGCUUCUUGGAUUGGUUUCGCUAUAUCUUACCAUUUAUUAAAAGACUAUGAGAUGGCGCUUAAAAUUCUAGAUACAUUUCGCAAAUCGCCUAUGAUUUGUUAUGAUUACGAACAUAGUGAGUUGCUGUUGUAUCAAAAUAUGGUCAUUCAAGAAUCCGGUGACAAUGAACAAGCUUUAAAACAUCUUGACAAAUAUCGAUAUCAAAUUUGCGAUAGAGUAACUUUAAAAGAAACAUACGGCAAACUUAGACUUCAACUUCAACAGUAUACAGAAGCGGUACAAGUUUAUAAAGAAUUAUUAAAUAUCAAUCCUGAAAAUUCUACGUAUUAUGCUAAAUUAGCAGAGGCAGAAAGACACGAAACGCCAGAAGAUACGUUGGUUAUGCUCCAAAGAUACGAAGAUUUGUUUCCUCGUGCAUUAGCGCCAAGGCGUUUACAAUUGAAUUAUGCUUCUGGGGAUCAAUUUAAAUCAUUAGCUGAUCAAUAUUUACGACGAGGCCUUCACAAAGGUGUACCACCGCUAUUUGUUAAUCUUCGUUCGUUGUACAAUGACAAACAAAAAGUAGAAGUUAUUCAAUCUCUUGUUCUGGAAUACAAGGAAGCAUUAAAAGCUCAUGGUCAUUUUAGUAAUCAAGAGAAAGAUAAUCCACGAGAACCAGCCUCGGCAUUACUAUGGACUUAUUAUUAUUUAGCUCAACAUUAUGAUUAUCUUGGUCUUACAGAAAAAGCGUUGGAUGAAAUCGAUGCUGCCAUAGAUCACACACCUACAUUAAUAGAACUUUUUGUUACCAAAGGACGAAUAUUUAAGCAUGCCGGAAAUGUUCAAGAAGCAUACAAGUGGUUAGAUGAAGCUCAAGGAUUAGAUACUGCCGAUCGAUAUAUUAAUUCUAAAUGUGCCAAAUAUAUGCUACGUGCGAAUUUAAUUAAAGAAGCGGAAGAAACGUGUGGGAAGUUUACUAGGGAAGGAGUAUUAGCGAUGGAAAAUCUAAACGAAAUGCAAUGCAUGUGGAUUCAAAUGGAAGCAGCGCACGCAUAUCAACGUCUUGGAAAAUAUGGAGAAGCUUUAAAAAAAUGUCAUGAAAUUGAUAGGCACUUUUCAGAAAUUAUAGAAGAUCAAUUCGACUUUCACACAUAUUGUAUGCGAAAAAUGACAUUAAGAUCUUACGUCGGCCUUCUGAGGUUAGAAGAUGUUCUUCGUGCUCAUCCAUUUUACUUCAAGGCUGCAAAAUGCGCGAUGGAGGUUUAUCUACGUCUACAUGACUACCCUCUACCAGAUCCAACACAGACGCAAGAAAUCGACACGGAAAAUUUGGCACCGUCCGAAUUGAAGAAACUUAGGAAUAAACAGAGAAAACAACGUAGGAAGGCAGAAUUGGAAAGACAACAGGCUGCACAGGCUCAAGAAAAAAGAGAACAACAUAACAAAUCACGACAACAAACUGAUCCUGAUUUAGAACAACCGACAUUGGACGAACUUAUUCCAGAAAAAUUGGAAAGGGUCGAAGAUCCUUUGGAACAAGCGAUUAAAUUUUUACAACCACUUCAAGAUCUUGCAGCAAAUAGAAUAGAAACGCAUCUAAUGGCUUUUGAAAUCUACAUACGUAAAGGUCGUACACUCUUAAUGCUGCGAUCAAUAAAACGUGCUCAUAGGCUGGACUCGAAUAAUCCAGAUCUUCAUACGUGUUUGGUACGAUUUUUAUUGAAUACAAAUCGUUUAUCGUUGGAGGGUGCCGUUGGUGAAGUUGUGAAACGACAAACGGCAGACAUAUUUUCCGACUCAACUGCAGUACAAUUGAAUACGGAAUAUUUAAAGAAGAACAGUACUUCAUUACCCCAUUUGCUUCAAGGUGCAAGAAUGUUAUAUUUGUUGGACCCAUCGGCACAAACACGUGCAUUAUCACUCGUUACAAAUAUCGAUGAACUUGAAAAUGUGACAUUGAAGAGUUGCACUAAAGUACUCGAGUCAAUGCAAAACGGUGACUUUGGUUAUUGCGAUAGUACGAUAUCCGAAUUUAUAACUAAAUGUCGCGAACGUUUUCCUUACGCUACUGCAUUUCGAUUGCAAGAAACAACAACAACAACUACUACUACUACUAUUACUACAACUACCACCAAUACUACUGCUGCUGCUACUACU